UACUACACACAUCGAUAGUGGUGGUGGUUGUAUAUUUUGUUUUGUAUAUUUUCGGCAUUUAAUAAAUUCUAUUUUCACUGAAAAAUAUAUUUAUUAGUGAAAUAUAAAUAAAAAAGUAAGAUUAUAAAGAUUUGUUGAACUUUUUGCAAAAUCUAAUUAUUUUAAGUUUAAAUUUUGAUUUUAUUACGAAAACAAUAAGAUUUUUGCUUCAAAUCACAGUGUGUUUUUUUGUAAUAUUUUCAUGCUGCCUGGAUUUUUAUCUUAUAUAUAUUUUUUUUGAUUUGGAAAUUUUUCUGUGGUUAAUCACAAAAUGAAAUGAAACAUUUUAAAUAAUGUCUAAUUCUGACUACAUUGCAUUAGCUUUAAAAGCCGAAGAAGAGGAGAGAAAUUCAACAUACAACACAGGACUUUGUUGCUGUGAAUAUUUGGAUCAGCAGCAACAAAGAAAUCACUUAUUGGCUUGCUGCUGUAAUUGCCAGGACUUUGAUUUGGUCUUUACUAGUUUUAUAACUUGCCAACGGGUGAAUCAGCAGAAUAAAGAAAACAUGCUGUUAACUUUCCAGGAUAGAUUACGUAUACCAUGGCGCGGUGGUGCUAAACGUAUUUCCAUGGAAGCAGUUAUACCGGGAAUGAUAUAUCCAUUGGUUAUCGGUUUGGCUGCUUUGAAUGAGAUAACAUCGUACAUUAUGUUGGGUGCUUGUGCAGUUUUCUUGGCCUAUGCCCAUCAUUUUGUAAAACGCAAUAAUGUAAAGACUAAAUUCUUUUUUAUGUGGAUGAUCUGGUCAGUGGUGUAUUUAGUCAUGGGUUUAGAGUUUGCUUUGCCGCUGUUAGAACUCUUGCCAGAGGAAAAUUUCAUACUGGUAGUUAUGGCCUGCAUAACUGUCUACUUGAUAUUUUUGACGCGUAAAAACUCUACAGCUUGCCAUGAUUUACCUUCGCGUUCUAAUGAAGAUGAUUUAGCUGAUAUUUCAGAAGCCACCGCUGCCGAGGAAGAAGAGGAAGCUGCUGCUCAUACAGCUUUAUUGAUAGAUAACGAUUCUCCUCGAAAGACUUUACACAAUCGUGGCACACAUCAGCAUCAAACAAAUAUGUGUCACAUAUGCCGUAAAUAUGUCUCGGCCCGCACUAUACACUGUCAUGUUUGCAACGCUUGCAUAAUGUUGCAUAGUCAUCACAGCUACUGGUUGGACUGUUGCAUUGGCCAAUAUAAUCUUCGCUACUAUACGGCCAGCCUGAUUAUGAGCGUUUUAACACUGGUAUUUGGUGUCGAUCUAACUCUUACUGCUAUUUGUCAUCCGCUAUUAAUUGGACGUAUUUGGAAUAUACCCAUUACAUUGCCCGAUGAUUGCAGUGAAGUAUUCGAUGAGUAUACCUUGGGAAUAUGUUAUGUCUUAUCUAUAUAUGCCAUUAUUAUGUUGACUUAUCAAUUAUUUUCUUUACUCUUUCAAAUAAUCAAAUGUACACGAGAUCCGGUACAUUUCAUAUUUGGUGAUAUGUCUCAGCCAUUUUCGAAAAUUUAUAAAAAAUUAAGUACAUAAGUGAAUGAAUGGUUGAUUAAGGUAAAGAGAAGGGAAGGUCAACAAAAUUUAUUCAAAUGGACUAAUAUCUAAUAGGUUUUAACUAGAUUUUUUUUUAAAUCUUAAUUUUAGCAAAAAAAUUUUUUUUAAUCGACUUUGUUCAAUUGUAAAUUGUAUCUUAUUGUUUACAUAUUCUUUUUUAAUAACAUUUUUUUAUUAAAAUCUGUUAGAAAUAAGUCCAUAAAGAUUUUUUUGUUGAAUAGAAAUAUUGUGUUAAGCGUUAAUUAAACUUUCGCUCUAAAUGUUCCGUAGUAUUUAAUGGCUUAAUGAAGUAGUAUUUAUUUAGAUUAAAUAAAUUUUUUGUUUAUUUUGUUUUUGCUAUAUGCACAAGUUUUUUUAUAUACAUAUAUAGGUUUAUAAAUAUAUGUGGUCACAAGCAAGAUAAAUCGUCUUCUGAUAGCAAUUUUUACUAUAUAAUUUUCUAAUCCUAUAAAGUAUGAACAUAUACAUAUUUUUGUAUAUUAAUUCCAAAAAGACAUCAAAGACUUUCUAAAAAUUUAUUUUCUGAAGAGACCUAUUAUCUUUGGAAUCCAAUUCUUAAACAAUUUUAUGAGAUAUAUUUAGUGAAAAUUAUUUUCGCAAAUAGUAAAAUAACAUCCUUCAACAAACCGUAAAAUUUUUCGAAAUUAUAUUCUAAAAUAGACUAAUAUUGCUUGUGAUCUUAGAUUGUAGUUACAAUAAUCCUAAUAGGAUUUAUUUAUUAAUAAGUUUGAGAAUAAAACAGUGGUUAUAAUGAAGAUAAAUCUAUUUCUAAUAUUUUCUUAAGAAAAAAAGUUUUAAGGAAUUUUUAUAUUUAAAACAAAAACUUAAAUGUUUUAUAAAAACUUGAUACUAUUGUAAAAACUUUUAAGCUAUUUGGUAACUACAUAAGUAAAUCCAUAUUUUAUUUAAAUAAUAAUCUAAUAUCUGUCUAAAUCUAUAGAUUCUACAUUUAUGAUAGAUUAUUGAAAACAAAUAAACAAAACAUACUAAAUGUAAAGAUGACAAUUUGAAAAAAAUAGUAAUGGAAGCAAUAAAUAUUAUAUAUUUUCUUUAAUAAGCAACAACAUUAAAAAGUAUAAAUUUCGUUUGAUGUUAAGAAUACGUAUUAGAACUUCAUCAAUCAAAAUAUAUUAAACAAGUGUGCGCAUAAAUAUAAGUUUCUUUUUUAUAAUAUUAAAUUUGAUUAGAACUAUUGCAAAGCUAAAUUUAUUUAAUUUAUAAUAAUUAGUAAAACCAAAGAAAAUCAUAUAUAAUUCGUUAGUCUUUGUUUAGAACUACUAUGCGAUACAAAUAAUCGUCUUAAAAUUAAUAUUUACGCUCAUAAAUAUUAUAAAUAAAGUAUGUUUUAAAUUAAUAAAAAUGUAUGUAAUAUCCUUCCUUACAAAUAAUAAAAUAAUUGUAGUAAAUUUGAAAUUGAAA